GGCGGGCGUGUUUUGAAGAACGGACGUUUCCCUAGGCACCGCCGGUAUAAUGCGGAGUAAGCACAGAAAAAAAGCGGACUGGAAGAAACAUUGUUGAUUCACUCAAAAUUCAGCAACAAGAAGGCCACAACUUUACAGACAGUUCGGAUGCCAAGGAGUAAUGUUUUGGACAGAGUACAGAGCUUUCUACCACAGAUGGCACAUGCAAAUGAUGAGCUAAGAAGAAGAAUGGUAACAGCACCAGCUCAUCAGUUUGAUAUUGAAAAUCUAGACAGUGCAACAGAAAAAGUUAUAGAAAUGAACGUGGCUUUAGUUGAAUUGAGUGGUUCUGAUACGGACGAAGACAUAUCAAUCUCAGAAGAUGACUCAGAAUCUGAAGAUGACUGUACAACUGAUGAAGUGACAAUAGACAACAUUAAGUUUCCUAAACAAAAGGGAGAAAAGGGCAAAAUAGAAAUUUUGGACAGCAAAGUGAAUGAGUAAAUCCUUUUGUGUUUUACUUUUUUUUUUUUUUGAACAAAUCAUGCUUUGUGACUUUGAAGACUUGACCUUUAAACUACCUUGUUUCCCAGUGCGACAUCCACCAGGAUCAUGGGAAACGCUGUAGUUUAUAUGGUUGAGAAUGUGGUGUCCAAACACUUGGACGAUUGUUUUCUUGUAGUUCUGAGGCAAACUACACCUCUGAAGAAUUACUGUCUUAUUCCUCAAAUGACAUGGAAGUGAGCUUCACCAGGAAGUCAGACUAAGAAAGCAGCUGGAAGUGAGGUACUUGAGCAGAAAAGUAUGCUGCAGAGCUAGUUAAGAAGUAGAAUCCUUGGCCUGUUGCCUUGUUGGAAAAGGUCUCUGGAGUGUGGUAGAAAGAGCGUUUGCCUAAAGGAGAGAGAGGAGAUAACUAAGAGAAAAGCUUUGUUUUCUAAAUUCAGUGUCCUCUGAAGUGAAAUGUUAUGUACAUGUCUUCAAUAUUAAACAUUAUUUUAAAGUACAUUUGAGGUAUGUCUCCGUUGCAGUCAUGAUAGUAACUGCUGUACACUGAAGCAGUGACUGAGGUCAUUUCAGGAUAAGGUGACAUGGGUGAGGGCAGCAUUUUAACCAGCCAUGACUCAAGAGAAAGUUCAGCGAACUCUCUUGGUUUUCUUGGCCUGCACUGAGCUUUGUAUUGCUACGGGUAGAUUGCUGCUAUUCCCUAAACUAGCUUGUAUCAGCAAUAAUGUUUGUGGCUGUAGUGUAGAUACCCUCAGAGCUUAAAGGGUCAAGUCUAUCUCUGUGGUGUUGCAAUUGCUUUAAACCUCACUUCUCAUCUCCCACUUUCCCUGCCAUAUACUUCCGUCCUCUCAAUUUUGUUGAUAAUUGUCCUUUCCAGAAGAAUAAAAAGACCUGUAUUUAGAUUAGCUUGAAACAGUUGUGGAAUCAUAGUCAGUGAGAGUAUGUGUCAUUCAUGCUUACCUCAGAUUGAUAAAAAGCAAUGAUUUGGACUGUUGUAUUUACCUUAGAGAUCGUUUUGCAUUUCAGAAGUAUCUGUGAUGCUCCUGGACAUCAUCAUUUGUUUCUUAAAGGAACUUUGUAUUUUCUACACCAUUAAAAUAAGAAUUUCUAUAC